AUGUCGGUGUCCACCUUUGACCGUCUCCUGGAGUCUCUUCGUCCUGGUCUCAUCUUCCAGAACAUUAAUAUGAGGCGCAGCAUAUCACCUGAAGAAAGGCUAAUUGUCACCUUGAGAUUCCUGGCAACAGGCAACUCUUUUGCCUCACUGCACUUUGAGUUCUUGCUGGGGAUUUCUACCAUUUCUACGAUCGUUCCACACACUUGUAAAGUAAUCUGGGAGCGACUUCGAGAGAUGGUGAUGCCGGAGCCCAGAGUGCAAGAUUGGCUACGUAUUGCUCAUAGAUUUGAACAAUGUGCCCAGUUUCCAAACUGUAUUGGGGCGCUGGAUGGAAAGCACAUACGUGUGAAGAAGCCGGCGCACUCAGGGUCCCGAUUCUUCAAUUAUAAGCAAUAUUUUUCUGUGGUCCUGUUGGCCUUGGUUGACAGUGACUACAAGUUUAUAAUUGUCGACAUCGGGGCCUAUGGGAGCACUUCUGAUGCACGAAUAUUUCGUGCUUCCAGAAUGGGUGAACGGCUUCAGUCCAACCAACUCGACCUGCCACAGCCAAGAAGACUGUCUGGAUCAGCUGGACGUCCGGCUCCUUUUGUCAUUGUGGCUGACGAAGGUUUUGCACUGACACCACAUGUGAUGCGGCCCUUUCCCAAGACGUGA